GCUCCAGAUAUAAAAGACGACAAAAGCUACCUUCUGGCACUUAAACUUGCUUGCUUUAGAGCACAGGGGCGAAGCAAAGCAGCCUGUGAGCCCUCCAAGCGCCGUUGACAUGUGCGAAUUGUAUAAUUGACACACAACGCGACCUUGACAAUCUGACAUACUGCGACUAGCGUGCCUGCUUUGUGGGGUCUGGCAAUUGCCGAGCUGCGCCAGUGCUUGCAAGGCACCUGCUUCUUGCCUUGAGCGGGCAACUUGAGGCGCGUGCGUGGAGAUGGGGGGCGCGGACGUGCAGGCGAUCACCAUCGCCGUGACGACGGGGAGAGACUGCGCCAUGAGCGGGGAUUACUCCGCGGGGUGCACGUACUAUGAGAACGCCGUGGAGCUCAUCACUCGGUACGUCCGCACGCUGGGUGACCCACACGCUAUCCGGCAAUGGAGCGCGCUGCUCAAGGAGGUGCAAGAUGAGCACAGCAGCGUACGGCAGUGCGACAAGGAGGCACGGGGCAUGCGCGUGUACGACAGCGUCGCGCGGUCCAACAGCUACCCCGAGAUGAACGACCCUCGUGGCUCGGCGGCCUACGAUGACGGCUACCGGCAACCCAUUGUUGUGUGCCACAACUCGGGCCAGGAGGACCCCAUGGUGUGGCGGCCGCCCACACGCGGCGAGGGCCGCAGCGGCGCGCCCGCCCGCGGCGCGCCGCCUCCCCGCGCACGCUCCAGCCAGGAUGACAACAAGCUGCCCUCCUGGGCUAACAACAACAACGGCGGCGGCGGCGGUCCGCCCGCCAGAGGCAACGCGGCGGGGCCGUCGGGGCGCGCCGGCUCGGCGCCACGGCGACCGACAGGCAACGCGCCGGCAGGGAACGCUGCCGCAGGCGGCAGUUAUGACAGGCCCUGGCGCCAGAACAUGCAGGGGAAGCAGGGCGCGGCGGGGCCAGGCGGCAAGCCUGGCGACAAGGGCAGCGCGGGCGAGAAGGCCAAGAAGCAGUACUCGGGUCCGGACCAGGAGCUGGCAGCCAUGCUGGAGCGAGACAUCGUGGACCAGGGAACCAGCGUCAAGUGGGACGACAUUGCGGGUCUGGAGGAGGCCAAGCGCGUGUUGAACGAGGCGCUGGUGCUGCCCAUGAUCAUGCCCGACUUCUUCACUGGCAUCAGGAGGCCCGUCAAGGGUGUGCUGCUGUUCGGCCCGCCCGGGACCGGCAAGACCAUGCUCGCCAAGGCCGCCGCGACGGAGACGUCGUGCACCUUCUUCAACGUCUCCUCCGCCACGCUGGCGUCCAAGUACCGUGGCGAGAGCGAGCGCAUGGUGCGCAUCUUGUUUGAGAUGGCCCGCGACCUGGCCCCCUCCAUGAUCUUCAUCGACGAGGUCGACUCGCUCUGCUCCCAGCGCGGCACCGCCAAUGAGCACGAGGCCAGCCGCCGCGUCAAGACGGAGCUGCUCACGCAGGUGGACGGCGUGCACGGCAGCGAAAAGGACAAGGAGCCGGGUCCCGACGGCGAGCCGCCGGCUCCCAAGCACGUGUUCGUGCUGGCAGCCACCAACUUCCCCUGGGACAUCGAUGAGGCGCUGCGGCGCCGCCUGGAGAAGCGCGUGUACAUCCCGCUGCCGGGGCAGGCGCAGCGGCUGCAGCUACUCAAGAUCAACCUGCGGGACGUGGCAGUGGCACCGGACGUGAACCUGGAGGCGGUGGCGGGCCAGAUGGACGGCUACAGCGGCGACGACAUCACCAACGUGUGCCGCGACGCCGCCAUGAACGGCAUGCGGCGACUGGUGGCGGGCAAGACGCCGGCGGAGAUUAAGGCGCUGCGCGAGGCGGGCAUGACGGGCGGCCAGGAGCCCAUCACGUCCGACGACUUCCGCGAGGCACUGCGCAAGAUCAACCCGUCCGUGUCCAAGGAGGACAUCAAGCGGCACGAGGAGUGGCUCAGCGUGUUCGGCAGCACCUAGCCUGGCGCCUUUGCGCCGCUUCGUGCUUGUGUGUGUCCUGCCAGUUUAAAAGCAUGGGUGUGCAUGGGUGGCGUGGCAGGGCGUGGCGGGGUGGAGUUCAUGGCCCGUCCGGCGUAUGCCUGUGUGGUGUGGCACCAGGCUCGCAGGUAACGGUGUCAUGCCAGUAAGGGCUGGGCACACUUGGCGUGACACAACAGCAGGUGGCGACUGAAUGACGGCAGGCUGGUGCAUAGGGCAUGUGCGCGCUGCACUUGCGUGAGCGGUGUGUGCGGUGUGGGUUCAGAACGAAUGUUGAGUCUGCUACGGUAGUCGUGCCGGGUGGAUGCUGCAUCGUGCGUGGAUUUGAAGCUUGGGCGUCCGAAAUCUCGCGAAGGUUGUCAAGGGAGGACGUCGGGAGGGGGGGUGGACGCCUACACAGAGCAGCGGGACGCCUUGGGGGCGGGGCACCCUUCCGACGGCAGCGAUGGGCUCUACCUGGCUCUACCGUACUAUGGUGCACUAGGCACAGGGAAUGGAGAGCCGGACGGGAUACCAGUCUAACAAUUCUGCCUGAAGCAAAUCGAGUGAGGGAGCAGUCGGGCUCGUGGAGAAAGCUUGAGGGCGAGGGUAUAAAUGGUCC